GAUGUUGGCGCGGACACGCCCCUCAAAGACCUGUCUCUCGCGGUGUUUAUCAGCCCUAACAACCACUGUAACCACACCCCAAAAGGUCUCCUACAUCACCCUCAAUAACCCUGCUAAGAGGAACGCUCUUUCACUUGACAUGCUUAACAGUAUCAUCAGUGAUAUCGAAUCAGUGAGUGAACAGGCUAGAUGCAUUGUGUUACGGUCUACUGGUACAGUGUUCAGUUCCGGACAUGAUCUGAAAGAAGUAGCAGCAGCCUCUCAGCAAGUGCAUUACACCAUCUUCAACAGGUGCAACGAUCUCAUGUUGAUGAUUGCGAAUUCUAGUGCUCCAGUAAUUGCAAGCGUGGACGGUUUCGCCACGGCGGCUGGAUGUCAACUGGUGGCUGCCUGCCACAUGGCUGUCUGUUCUCACGGAUCAAAGUUUGCAACACCAGGAGUUAAUAUUGGGUUAUUUUGCUCGACCCCAGGUGUACAGCUAGGCAGGGCGGUAAACAGGAAGCUAGCUAUGGACAUGCUCCUCACCGGAGAGCCCAUAUCAUCAGAGGCAGCACUGCGGGGAGGUCUAGUAUCGAGAGUGUAUUCCAGCGAGGAGCUGGAAGCAGAGACUGCCAGGAUAGCGAGUGUUAUCGCGACUAAGAGCAACACGGUCCUCAAACUUGGAAUCAAGAACUUUAACAGCCAGAUAAAGAAGUCACUAGUAGACGCGGCGGAACAGAGCUCCCAGGUGAUGGUCAGGAACCUGGGAUUAGAGGACGGAAAGGAGGGACUGUCUGCUUUCCUUGAGAAGAGGCACCCCACCUGGCAACAGGAUAAGUGAGCAGUGAACAUUACAGUGUUGAACAGUGUUGAACAAUGUUAAACAGUGUUGAUAAGCAUGACAAUAUUUCAAGUAUUUCUGAGUGGUAAGCAAUGGUGAAGACUGUAGCAGGUAGCUGAUGCUCGAAACUUGGAGGAAGAAGCCAGAGUAGGAUUGCAUGUAUCCCUGAGACGAGAGGUCGUCAGUGGACAUGAAACUAGGCAACUGAGCUUUUUAGAAACAAAAAGUUGAUUGGAGUGACGGAAAUCAGCACACUCUAUCUGUGAUAUCCCGGAGCCUAGGUGGUGGAUUUUUGACUUUAUUUGAAUUCGAAGGUCGUUGAGUUAUUUUUUUACAGAUUAUUUAGUGAGCACAAUUUUUUGAAUAUGUGUUAUGAUUUGAUUACAUACAGAAACAGAUUUUGAGAUUUAAAUGCUGAAAUUGUCAGAAACCAGGGGAACAAGUCUCU